CUAACUUCUGUUCGGCUUUCUGGACUGCGGAGAUGGAUGAAGGCAGAUGGGGAGAAGAAACGCCUUCCGAACAGUACACAACGAAGACUUUAUAGUGCGAAGGAAGAAGGGACGAGAAAGUGAAAGCGCGUGUGGUCUGUGCGAGUAAAUGCUCAAAAAAAUUCAAAGCCUCAUGGAAAGCCGACACAAACUGCCCAGCGCGGAUGAUUCGCCGAUUGCCCAACAAGCCAAGGAUCUAGCCAAAGAUUUCAUAUCUUACAGACUUGGAAAUAACCCAAUCCCUGUAUCACCCACUGCUGCUACUCUACGCAAACUUGCCGAUCAAAUCGAGGAGCAAUACCCUUUACUAUUGAACCAUUUGUGCCACAAAUUAAAUAUAACUCCAGCAACUGUCUAUCAAACGUUUUUCGAAAUCGCCAGUGAGGUAUUUGUAGAUGGAGUUAACUGGGGAAGGAUUGUAGCUUUGUAUGCCUUUGGAGGAAAGCUGGCUAUGUAUUGCGAUCAACACCAUAUGAAAGAGCUUGUUGGAUCGGUAACUGACUGGGUUGGAAGAUAUGUUGGCGGCCUUUGUGAAUGGAUCGAAAACCAUGGUGGAUGGGAAGGCCUCCAUAGACAAUUUAAUGACAAAGGCGAAAAUGCAGCAUGGUGGAAAGGUGUCUUUCUCACUACACUGGGACUUGGCACAUUAGCAGCUUUUAUGUACAGCAGAUGAACCAUCCAACCUCAAAGUGUGUGUAAUGUGUUUGUUUGAGUUUACUUAACUAAAUUACUGAGUGUCUUGCAUGAUCUAUUAAAUGGGCCUUUUAUUUUCAUCCAUUCAUUUUAUAAGGCAUACUUCCUGUUUCUUAAAAUAUUUUUCUGCUUGGCUGACAAAUGGGUUUAUUCAGAUAUAGCAUAUUGAAACAUCUUUUUAUAAUUGAGAUUUUGAUCUUAAGAGUUUUUCGUUAAACAAUGUUCCCACCAUAAAAUUAUUAUAUACACUAGUCUAAAGGAAAAAUCUCUUCAAAAAUUCAUUUCUUGUUAGUGACAGGAGACUAAGAAAACCAGUGAUGAGUUCCUGAAUCCCUGUCCUUUGCUUGCUCCUUCAAUUAGUAACAAUUAGGACAAGUCAAGGGUAUAAUACACAUGCCAAAUUUUCAUGAUGUUGAGGAAAUCUGACAAUUAGUUGCAUGUAUGUACUUCAACAUGUCCCAAGACCUCUCAAAAUUUCCUAAGACAAACCAAAGAGUUUUCUCACUUCAUGUGAGUGUAGAAAAUUAGACAAGCAAAGUAGUUCUAAUUGAGCAAGUUUUUUUGUUGCUACAAUUUUCAGUUGAGUUAAGUGAAUAAAAAGUUUGGUGACAGGUUUUGGCCAUUAAGUAAAGGUGUUUUCAAAGUGAAAGCCUACCAAAAGAAUUCAAACAACAUGUUUCCCCUUGAAACAGAUCUAUUUGCAGCACCAACACAGUUUUAACAUCAAUGCCAAACUUCCAUCACACCUCACUCAACUUAAUUUGGUAGCAGAUGUGAAAAUCAGGUGCACAUGCAUUAGUCUUUGAUAUGGAGGGGUGAAAUUGCUCCUAAUGAAGUGAGAAUAAGCAGGUUUAGUAUACCAAUGUUUACAGUAAUUUACAUUAAGAAUCAAUGGCAGUUGAAUAGAAAAAAUUUGUAGUUCAGGUGUGAACAUGUACAGUCCAGGUGGACUUUAGCACAUAUUUGUGUUUACAACUAAAAUUUUUAGACACAGUUGACCAUAGUUUAUAUCAUCUGUUUUGAAACUAGUGUUUGAGUUUGUUUGAAUUAUCGGUCUAGGGUGUGACAUAUCAUUUGACCAGGAAUUUCAUUUCCUGUUUUUGUUUUUUAUCCUGCUCACACACAACUCUGUCUGUGUUCCAGCUUUAAUAUUGUCCUAGGUUCAACUUCCAGCUUUCAGAAUUUGAUCAGUGCAUCAUCACAAUUUUGGCCUCUGAUUUGCUUUCAAGGCACAGCCCUCUUUAGCUCCAAUUUUCGUAGUCCACUUGACAAUGAAUUCAUUGAGCAAUGUGUAAGGUAUACCUGCUGACUGUAAAACUGAAAACAUCAACCUUUUCCAUAGGGGACUUUGAUUCUCAUGUGCUAGUCAUCAGUCUGUCACAUUUGUCCUUUGUUCUUCACUGCACCUUUAAAUAACAUUAAUUUGAACUUUGACAUUCAGAACCAAACUUGUGAUGUUCUUUCACCCUACUAGAAAUUACUAUUGUAAUGGUAAUGUUAAGCAGACAAAAGGAAUAUGGAUAGAAAUCUGCCAGUCAUUAUUUAGGAGCAUGACCUUGUAAAUCCUCUGAACAUCAGUACUUGCUCAAGAGAUCUGCAACAUGGUUGACAGUAGUAAAGGUUUCCAUAAAAGCCGGUUAGUGGUGAUCUACUGCUACCUGUCAGACCUCUCACUGUGGUCAGUUAACCCUUUAACUCCCAGAAGUGACUGACAUGUAACAUCUCCCUAUGAUAUGCAAUGGUUUUUUAGCAAAUGGUUAAUGAGAAUACCAAAACUUAUCGGGAAGAAGUUUUUGUCUUGAUCUUACACCAACUUCUCGCGACUAAGCAAGAGGAGAGAAUUAACAGUCAGAUCUUGGGAGUUAAAGGUUAAGUCUUAAGCUCUCGUGUUUGGGUAUCACCUUACAGCACAGCCGCCUAUUACAACAUCGGCAGCCAUUAAUGGAAUGGUCAUUGAAAACCCCAGCAGUAGCCUAAAAUACCAUUGCAAUCAACAGUGCAUUUGAUUGAUUUUCAGUUGUUAGAAGGAAUUUCUUAGAAAUUUUCAGUUGUUGAAGGAGCAUUUUUAAAAGGCAAGGUUAUAUGGAUAUGGAAAUCUCAACAACAUGAAAAAAAAAUUAAAUGUUGGCAGGUAUACUUUGGCCAUCAUCAUUGUUUUAUUCCAAGUUGUCAUGUACUCAGGAUGGUACAUGCAUAAUUUCCUGUUAACUUAAAGGCAGCUUAAGCUUGUUAUGUAGAAUUUUAUUGUCACUAAAACUCCUUUUAAAAUAAUUAUUUGAGAAUAUUCAGUUGCUUUCAUUUAAUGCAAACGUAUUUUAGUAGAAUAGUUAUGUCUAUGCAUAUUGUCUAGGUAACAUUAACAACUUGUUUAAAUUUUUAAUAUCAUUUAAAAAUUUGUUCAUACCACCUAUUGAAAAGUGAAGUUAAAUUUUUUUUUUGAUUUUCAGUAAUUCUCUGUAGGUUAAGGUAUUUCUUUUCUUUUUUUAUCUCAAAAGUCAUUUUGUGUCAGAGGUUAUUUAUGGUAAAGUGAGCAAAAUUUUAUUUAUAUGUGUGAGAUUUACCCUUUAACUCCCAGAAGAGAUUAACAUGCAACUUCUUCCUAUAAUAUCCAUUCACCAACCAGCAAACAGGUGAUGAGACUACGAACUCAUCAGGUAGAAGUUGUUGCCUUGAUCUAAUGCCAAAUUCUUGUAACUAAUUUACAAUGAAGUGUUUAGCAACAAGACUAGAGAGUGAAAAAUCAGAGCUUGGGAGUUAAAGAAUUAACUUUGAUAAUUUACAGAUUUUGAAUGGAUUGUUGACAAAUCAUAUAUUCAAGAUACUUUAAAAUCUCUUUGAACAUGGCAAUUUACUAACGAAAAUAGUUAGCAAUUUGAACUUUACUGAACGAGGACUAUUUAAAGAUGUUAAUUGUAGUAUAUAUAUAUUUAGCAAUUUCCAUUUCAUAAGAUAGCAGUUUAAUAUAUAACACAUUUUAGAUUUUAAGACACUGAUUUAUAAUAUCGUUGCAUUUGGUAAUUGCCUGAUUAUCAGAUAGUUUGUUGACACAUUUCCCUUCCUCUUUGUCCAUCUCACUUCCCUUAAUGAGGUCAUUUUCUUUCUUUAUAAAAUGGCCUCUGAUCAGAGCAAGCCCAGAACUUUCUCAGAAAUGUUCCUUAAGGAUUGCAAACAAUCAGGCAACAUAAAUUGUGUGAAUCUGUAUAACUAUCCAUCUCAGAGCAUCCAAAAAAUCAUAGUUGGGUUUUCAGUGUUCUUUUUAACAAUCUAGAUAUAAGUUAUGUGCAUUAUCAGCACAUGAAAAUGUAGGCCUUUAGGCCAUUGACAUAUUGUAUCAGUAUUCUAUAUUUCAAGUCCACCCAAAGUGGAUCUCUGUGAGGUAGAAUAAAUAUCUACCAUUGUAAAAUAUUUUUAUCAGAACUGGCAUAAUGAUGUAAAAUACUGGCACACCUUUUUGAUAACAAAAUAUUAGUUAAAUGGAAGGGACCUUAUAUUAUGACAAGCAUGACAGCCACUAUGAUGAGAACAUUUUCAAACAAAGAACUUGACAAGCAAAACCAAUAGCUGUGCAUAUGGUCAUGAAAUUCAGUUUGUGUUGGUUUUGACGGCAAAAUGGCUGUCAGAGGCAACCCUUUCUGCCAACUGUCAAACAUGAAAGUUCACCAAAAGGUUAAAUGGCAUGUUGUGAUGAGAAACAUGCUCGUGACAAGGCAAUUUAAAUGUCAAAAUGUGGUCUCCAAAUUUCUGUUAUGUCUCACUGAACUGAAAAUCUUAGUAAUUCAAAAACAGAUGUAGCACUAAUCCAAAACCAGACUGGAUCUAAAUUGUGGAGCUCCAGAGGAAAACAGUUGUUGAUUGGCCUUGCCUAGAUACAAUAGCUGUCAUUCUGUAAGGUCCCUUCUGAUACAGCAGGGGAAUAUAACCAGCAAACUGGUAUUGACUUUUGUUGUUGUUCUCAGUCUUUGCCUAUAUCCACAUUGUUGAAAAUUAUACUUCCAAGAAAAGGGGCUUAAAAUAUAUAAUUUAAUUAGAAACAGGUACUGAAUUAAGAUCAAGUAUAGAACCACACAAAACAAAAAGGAAAAUAAAUUUUUUUUUCAGUACACUA